CAUUGACCUUUUAUGAUGGGUGGCGCCACUCUACAUCAGAGGCCAUUUGAUGCAGACAGUGGUCGAACAUUUUUAUUUAUUAAUUUUUGAUUUAUCCGUAACUACGACAAUAUCAAACAAUGAAUAUGAUGAGAGUAAUCGGAACCCUUGUGGUAAUCCUUGGGUUUUUAUCCUCUCCUUCUCAAUCACUCCGCUUCGAAAUACAAUCGGGUCAUACCAGAUGCAUCGCCGAAGACAUCAAAAGCAACUCCAUGACCGUUGGCAAGUACAACAUCGUCAAUCCUAACGAAGGCCAGCCUUUGCCCGAUUCACACAAGCUCAUCGUCAGGGUGACGUCGUCAUAUGGGAAUAGUUAUCAUUUCGGGGAUCAUGUUGAUUCGGGUCACUUUGCGUUUACGGCUGCUGAGGAUGGAGAUUACAUGACUUGCUUUUGGGCCGUUGAUCAUAACCCACAAAUAACCUUGACCAUUGAUUUUGAUUGGAGGACGGGUGUGCAAGCUAAGGACUGGUCCAAUGUCGCUAAGAAAGGCACAGUUGAAGUCAUGGAAAUAGAGCUCAAGAGGUUGAUUGAUACUGUUGAUUCAAUUCAUCAAGAAAUGUUUUAUCUUCGGGAAAGAGAAUCAGAAAUGCAGCAGUUGAAUGAAGCUACAAACUCCAGAAUGGCGUGGUUGAGUGGGCUUUCACUUCUUAUUUGUAUAACAGUUGCAGGCCUGCAACUGUGGCACUUGAAGACCUUCUUUGAAAAAAAGAAGCUCAUUUAAGUUCAUAUCGGGCAAGUUAAACCAUUUUUAUAUUCAAUGCUCUUGUAAAUUAUCUUAGAAAAAAUGUACUUUUUCAGAGAAACAUAAUUAUGAGAUGAUACUGUUAGAUUUUUCUUUUGGGUUUCUUUCAAUGACCUGAGGGUACUUUUAGAUUUUGGUACGACAAUGUUUUAUGUCUUCCCAACAUGAGUCUUGUAGAAGUUGAUUUGAGGAUAAAAAACUUGCCAUUUUCCCAAAA